AUGACCUACCAACCCGCCAUCAUGAGCGCCUCACUCGGCCGCGCCUGGCUGCACGACCUGUCCUACAAAAUCCACCAAGCCGCCGAAGCAGGCUUCAAAGGUCUCGAAAUCUUCUACGAGGAUCUCGAGUACGAAGCACGCAAGCUGUCCGGCACGGAUAACCCAACAACUACCCACCUACUUGCAGCAGCAGCGCACAUCCACGGCAUGUGCACCACCCGCGGCAUCAUCAUCAUCGGCCUGCAACCCUUCCUCUUCUACGAGGGCCUCAAGGACCGGACACAACACGCACAUCUCUUGGAAAAGAUGGAGCUAGAGAUCAUCGCGUCCGAUUUGAGACUAUUGGCCGACCUAGGCGCCACACAAACACCUGCCAUCCGAUUCGCGUAUGAGCCCCUCUGCUGGAGCACGCAUAUCGACACUAUCGAGAAAGCCUGGGACGUGGUGCGCCGGGUCGACCGUCCCAAUUUCGGGGUUUGCCUGGAUACGUUCAACAUUGCCGGCCGGGUGUGGGGGGAUCCGGUUACGCCGACAGGGCGAACGGAGAAUGCGGAUCAGGAACUACGGAAAACGCUGGAGUGGAUGGUGAGGGAGGCUGAUGUGGAAAGUGUGUUUUAUAUACAGGUUGUGGAUGCGGAGCGGAUGCGUACACCGCUGGUGGCUGGCCAUCCGUUUUAUGUGGAUGGGCAGCCGGCGAGGAUGAGUUGGUCGCGGAAUGCGAGGACAUUUAUGUAUGAGGAUGAGCAGGGGGGGUAUCUGCCGUGCGAGGAGGUCGCCAGGGCGAUUAUUCAGGGAAUGGGGUAUCAAGGGUUCGUGUCCAUGGAGUUAUUUUCGAGGACGAUGAUGGAGGAGGGAAGCCUUGUUCCUGUUGAGCAUGCGCGGAGGGGGAUCAAGGCUUGGGAGAGGCCGAAGGAGAGGUUGCAGUUGCGUUCUAUAGUCAAGAACAAAACAUAA